GAGAGAGAGAGAGAGAGAGAGAGAGAGAGAGAGAGAGACUCUGUGGUCCUCCUUGCUCACACAGAUGGAUGGAGAGGGAACCAGCAGAAGACAUCCCUGACCGGCGGGUUUAGUCACAUUUCCAUGCACAGACUUAUUUUUCGUGUGCCUUGGCUGUGCGAUGUAAAGUCAAGAAAAUGGCAGAGAGUGGAAGAAAUGGGGAGAGAAGAAGCGAGGGUAAAGGAAGAGGAGGAGGUGGCGGACCUCUCCAGAAGCCCCACGACCCGGCUCUCAGCCUCUCCCCAGGCGCUGGAACCAAGAGGCAUGUCCCUCGAGGGAUUGUGAUCCAGCUGACUGGGACGGAGGGAGAAUGGGACAGUCUGGAUGACAGCGAGCUCAUCUUCUCCCUCGACCACGACGACGACUACCCCUCUGUAUCUCUCUCCAAGGAGAGGCAUCUUUCUGUUGGGGAUGACAGAAAGUUGCAGUCCCAGGCGUUCCACGUCCCUCUUUCCCCCUCGUCCCCUGGCUCUCUGGGCAACUGCUCCGCCGGCGGCACCAGCUUCCUCUCCCCGGGCCCUUCUUCACCCACCCAUAGACCCCUUUCAAGCCUGGUCAAGUCUCUUUCCACGGAGCUGGAGUUCAAAGAAGGCUCUACCCUAAGACCCAAGCCCCUUCUCAGCCUCGUGAAGUCCAUCUCCACGGAGCUCUCCCGCUCAGAACCCGAGGUGUCGCAAUCGAAAUCGGACUCCCGCCUCAACCUCCACCUGUGGAAGCAGCUCACCCAACCGAAAAACCGCAGCAAUGGCGACUCUCGCACCGCGCCGCCUUCUCCCAGCUCGCACUCCCCUUGCGGAGAGGGUCUGAGAGGGAGCUUCUUCAAAAUGGAGUUAGAGGACACCAAGAGGAAGCUCUCGGAGGCUGUGCACGAGCCUCUGAGCAGCAUGUUCAGUAAGAUCAUGAGAGAGGAGAGCGCGGGAAGCCCCAAGAACCAGUGUAAGAGCCAGGGGGCUCACCAGGUCAGCUCCAGAGGUUUGGGGCGUGAAGGUAGCACGGACACAGUUUUCUCAGAGUCUCCUGUGAGAAACACUAGAAAAGCAGACGCUGAUGUUUCGCCUGUGUUUGACUGGCCUUCUGUUAGACAUCCUGGGGGAAGCCGGCGUGGCCCCUGCCCCGUGCAUCACCACAGACAACAUCACAGGGACGAGGAGCUGGAAAUAUGUACAGACGGUGAUGUGAUGCAAGUAUUAGCCGUGGAUACUCACGGGCAGGCGAGAAGAUCGCCUACCCUCGCAGCACCCCUGGUUAGGACUUCUCCUCUUCCCCAACCCCCUCAUCCUCUGCCACGCAUGAGUUUGUUCUGCGUGGCGGUGCUGUCCUAUGGCUAUUUCAUCCUACCUCUCAGUCCAUACUUCUCUGGCCUGGCUCUAGGAUUAGCACUGGGCUUCUUGCUCGGGCUGUUGCUCAUUAGGAUCGGUUCCCCCAGGUCUCGCUGCUCAGCUCCUCCACACAGACCAGCACAGACUCUGUUGGGGGAGGAGAUUCUGACAGGUGGCACCAUCAGCUCUGAGCCUGACACCCUCAAGGGCUGGAUGAAUGAGGUACACGACUAUGACCCAGAAACCUACCACCCAGCUCUGACUCACUCCGUGUUCGCUGCCUUGGAGGGCUCCUGUCUCCGUCUUGACUCCCCCCGUAACAACAUUGGCCGCAGGGCAACGUGCGACGAGAGGGUCCACGAGGCCGCCUUCGUCAAGUCGCGCUCCUUUCAGCUUGCAAAGAGCAAAGUAUUCCUGCUGCCAUCUGUGUUGGCUCGAAAGAGGAUGUGGAACCCAAAGUAUCCCAUCUGCAUCCAACUGGCCGCAGAAGCGAACUCCCAGGAGGACAAGGGAGGAAGGUCGGAGGAGAGUCGUGGAGAGGAGCCGGGAGCCGAACCGUCAAGUCCACAACAAAGUUCCUCCAAACACGUCCGUGACCUUCCCACCACUCUUUACCUCUUCGGCCGCACGGGAAGAGAGAAAGAAGAGUGGUUUCGUCACUUCCUGUUUGCGUCUGUGGACACAGAGAGAGAAAAGGAGAGGGACAGACAGAAGCCUGGCAGAUGUGUGUCCAGAUCGGGUGACCCAGCAUUGGCGCAGGGCGCUACCACCCAAGCUAAUGUCCCAAGCAGCAGAGGCCCCAGCAGAGUCGGCAGCAGUGACGAUGACGCCUCUUUCACACCUCCGGUCCCCUGCAUACCUGCAGCUCCUAUCAGUCAGACCUCCAGUAGCACCAGGGGCCUCACUCUGCUGGACUACCCGGGCUACAUGGCUCGUCUCCUGGCCACAGAGGAGCUUACCCCCCUCUCCAGUCCUGGAGGCAGCAGCACAGAGAUGAGCCCCACCAUCAAAAGAAAUUGUACCUGUGAUCUAACAGAGCAGCCUGGGACGAGCGAGACUGCGUGGGCCAAUGCUCUAAUUGGUCGAAUCUUCUGGGACUUCCUGCGAGAGAAGCACUGGGCCGACAUGGUUUCCCACAAGAUCCAGAAGAAGCUGAGCAAAAUCAGACUGCCUUAUUUUAUGAAUGAGCUGACUCUCACUGAGUUGGAUAUGGGCUGCUCUGUGCCGCAAAUCACCACUACCUCCCGACCAGAGGUCAACCACAGAGGCCUGUGGGUGGAGCUGCAGCUGGUCUACACUGGUGCCCUGCAGAUGACCCUGCAGACAAAGUUCAACCUGUCCAAGCUGGGUAAAGAGGGCGGUCAGGAUGCAGACUGUUCGGCUGAAACCGGUAGCCCGCGCUGCAGGCCCAUCUUCAGCGUGUUGGCGGACAGUGAUGAGGAGUCCUCUAGCGCUGGUUCGUCUGAUGAGGAAGAGCUGCUUGUCUCUGAGCCCCAGGGUCCAGUGGGAGAGAAGGGAUCAACGCCAGCUACUGAUGGGCCAGGGGGCGGAAAGACUGGGCGGAAGAUUUUGAGAUUUGUGGACAAAAUCGCUAAAUCCAAGUACUUCCAGAAGGCGACAGAGAAUGAGUUUAUUAAGAAGAAGUUUGAGGAGAUGUCCAACACUCCCCUGCUGCUCACUGUGGAGGUUCAAGAGCUGUCAGGGACUCUGGUCGUCAACAUCCCGCCGCCACCUACAGACAGGAUAUGGUACAGCUUCUGCGUGCCGCCCAAGCUGGAUCUGCACGUCCAUCCCAAACUGGGGGAGAGGGAGGUGACUUUCUGUCAUGUGACCGAGUGGAUUGAAAAGAAACUGCAGGAUGAGUUCCAGAAAGUGUUUGUACUGCCGAACAUGGAUGACAUCUACUUACCCCUGAUGCAUUCCGGGCUGGACGGCCCUCGAGCCUCCCAGCACCUGUCCUCUCAGUCCCGACGGUCCCAAAGCUCCUCCACAGAGUCCAUAGAGAGGAUCCCAACUGAGAUCUCUGGGGCAGAGUCCGACUAGUGCCUCAUGUUGAUGAUAAAAAGAGAGCUGAACCCUGUAAAAUGGACUCAUUACGUUAUAUAUUCACAGUGAGAAAGGGGGAAGAAGCGGAGGAAUGAGAACCACCGAACAGAACAUUAAAUUAUAUUUGCCUCUAUAGAUUUCAGUGGCUCUUAUAGGCAGACUUGUGUUUAUGUCCGAACCAACAGUUUCUGAAGGUUUGAUGUUGUGGCUCACAGAGAGUCCAGGGUUUGUUUGUGACAGAUUGCUGUACAAGCAACUACAAGUGAUACCUUUUGCCAAUGUUUACAUGUGAAUGAUCCCUAUGAGAUUAUUGCUGCUUUGACGUUUACAGCUCAGUGUCACUUUGGAUAUGAGAUGAUGGAUAUUAUUAAACCUGCCAGUUUCAUUCUCUACACAUCUUCUAUAAGUCUUUCAUUUCCCUACAGACUCUUUUACAGCUCAGACGAAAUGUUUGCGAAUCUUUUAUGGGACCGUGUUGCA